AUGGUGAAAAGCAAAAGCUGCUAUCACAUUUUAGUCGCUCAGAACUUUUUAUCUAAUAUCAGCGUCGAUGGCAGCCACCAGGACACGAAUCUUCGAAUAUUCCAAACAAAAGGACUUCCAAAGGUUUUCCAUGCAAAACUUUCCAUAUAAACAUGUUGAUUCUUAAGUUACCAUCAGAGAAAAAGAUUUCAAAUGGCGCCAGUUCAACAGCUACAGUUCGCAACAACGAAUCGGUCGUUUCCCUGGGAACUUCCGCCUCCUUUGGAGAGAGAUUGGUUAGAAACGGUUCUGUGCUGUGAUUUUUAAAGAUCUUUUUUAGAGUUCUUCUCAUUUGCCACUGGAAAACUCGGACAGUGAACAACAUGCCAUUCUCUUGAAUAACAACUUCAAAGAAACACCUCAGAAAAAGUGUGCAUUCAGAUACUGAGAGAGAGAGAGACGAGUUUUAAAUUGUCGUUUCAGGACGUCCAUAUUCCGAAGAAUCGCAAAAAUAAUGAGCUCCGAUGAUGUGAUAUACUCGAUGACGGCGACGAACAGUCGAACUCCGAUUCUUGAAGAAAGCGCCAACAGGGAAGAAAUCGGGCUUAUCGGUGAGUUUAAUGCUCUCUUUCAUCUUCAAAACCAAUAUAACAUCCGGUGCCUUCAGAAAUUCGCGCGGAUUCCCCUUCGUGUACUUCGAACCAGUUCAGUUUCCUGAAAAGGCUGAAAAGCACGAUCACACAUGCGGACAGGUAAGCCGGAGAGAAAUGGCGUCUCCCGACCCACUAAUAUAGUCUAACUCCGUGUCCUGGACUAACCCAUUUUCAGGUAUUACGUAUGCAGUGCCUCCAAUGACCUCCCCUUCGCCGUCUUUUCCUAUCUUCCCACUAAUAACGACUACAUCGAUCCUCUGGCUCCAAUCUUUGCCAACGUCAUCGUCACGAAGAAGAAGUUUCGGUCGAAGUCAAUUUUCGGAAGGUUUAGAAUAGUUUACUCACUUUUCCGAUGUCUUCUCAACACAUAAUUGUCAAAUGGAUUCUGCAAACAGACAUAUUUUCAGUUCCGAUCGUAUGCGCCAUCAGUCUCACGCCUCAUUCGAAGAACUUCGUCCAUAUGUUUUUCGCGAUUCUGAAGACCAAGUCAUUCUGGGACAAAUGCGAAGAAGAAGGAAUCCAUCGCCGUUUUUCACUCUUUUCGAUAAACCACUUGUGCAACUUUCCCGUAAAGAUCGUAGAGUAAGUCAUCCCGAUAUCGAAGCAACUUAUUAUAGCGGCACCGCACAGAAAUGGCGCUCUGUUGAUAAAAUCUUUUUGCAGUGCAAAUUUAGCGACCUCGGGGCCGAGUUUGAAAAGUUAGGCCACGUUUUCAGUAGAAAAUUACUUCGCGGCCUAGAAAUUCGUCCAGAUUGCGAACAGCGCGCCCUUUCUGUCCGGUGCCCCUAUAAUAUAGUGUUAUUCAGGAGAGUUUUCGAAAUGGAGAUGUCUCCGAAGACAUAUUCGGAGAAAGCAUGGAAGUUCCUCAGUCCGUCAAUCGGGAUCCAAGUUACGAAAGAGGCGGAUCCCUAGAUGACAAGUACGAGUUGGACGUCAGUCGAUCGGACGAUCCACUGGAAGUGGCGGAGGAAUACGAUCCGAACGCGUUCACUGUUCUUGGAGUCGGAAAGAGAACAGUGAUCAGGCAUGAUGGGUUCGUGGCGAGCACUCUACACUGCGAGUUGGCGGACCGCACGAAAAGCACGAUGAACGAGGACUUCGAAGUCAAAUACCCGAUCAUUCAUUUGACAUUGAGCAAGAUGAAAAGUCUAAAGAAAGAGAUGACGCAACUGGCGAAGGCGAAUGAAAUCGACGUGUUCACUCUAGCCAUUGCUUUCGUUCACUUUGAAAGAAUAGUUGGAAAAGUCAGAACGUUGCUGCUGUGAGCUCUUUAAAACGGCUGUUUUUCAGGGUCUUAUCUCGAAAACGAAUAGGAAAUGCGUGGCCGGAGCCGCACUUUUGAUAUCCCUCAAAAUGAACGACUACAGCAAAUCGACGAUCAAAUCGUACAUUGAACAAGCGGAAGAUCAGCUCCGUGAGGCGAAGUCCGAUCUUCUGGCCUAUGAACUGCCUCUCUGCUCGGCUCUGCAAUUCCGUUUGCAACCGACAAUCGAAGAGAUCCAGCCACACGUAGACAGACUUCAGUUUGAGCUGUAA